AGGUAAGCGACCAAUUUUUAUAGAUCUUUGGUUCUUUUUAAAGAUUGGGCAGGAUGCAUCCUCCGCGAUUCCGGCCGGGAACAUAUUCUGGUUCUUCUCCCGAGAUUUGCGUAUGGAAUUCCUACUGCACCGCUUCUUCUCCACCGCUUCUGCAACGGCAUGCUCAUGUUCUCUCCGGGAAUCUGUGUAUACCAGUCCGGACCUCUUCUUCCGUUGUCCAGGCGAAUACGUGUGUUCGUCGGGAUCUGAUGCAAUAUGCCGUUGAGUUAUGAGUCCAGACACCUGCCCGAAGUAGGCAGAAAGUUUCGAUUUUUCGGGUUCAGAGACGCCGACUUUAGAAGGACAUCCAAUUCGGAGUCGCCUCACUGCCUUCAGCUCGGCUCCGUCGUUUGACGGGAAGCGGGUGAGUGAUAUCGGAUAAAUGCAGGCCAGUGUUUCUUCUAACGAUCACGCAUGAUAGGUUGUGUCUCCCUUUCCGUGCGUGCACCUCAACUACGGUCCCAGUAUGCAGACUUGCCAGAUGCUAUGGAGAUGGCCGUUGCACACAAGUAAUCUGGUGAGCCAGGGAAACGAAAUGAUGAUACGUUUUGCUCGUACGAUGUCCAAGUGGGACUGCGGUUGUGGUUUGCUUGAGAAGCCAAAAACAUCGCUGACCGCUCCUAUAGGACGAUUUCUGUACUGCCAAAGGUAAUUCUGAACCUCUGCUGCACGGUACCGAUAAGGUGGAACAUCCUCUGCGAAUAUAGCCGAUAGAUGGACGAUAUAAUCGGACGUCUACUCCGCUCAAGUUGGCAAGGGAUGGGGCGAAACUGUUCCCCUGCG